AUGAGCUACUCGCGCCCUCCUCCUCCUCCUCUGCACUUGGCUAUUUGGGACGGCGACGUUGCUCGCGUGCGGUCCCUCCUCAACUCCGUGUGCCCCGAAAGUGCCGACUGCUGCGAGUCUGAUCAAAUCCAAAAGCUGAAAACCUCUCUGGAAAUGAAAGACGUCCGCGGAUAUACGGCCCUCCACUUGGCUCUGCGCAUCGUGCAGCCUAAUCAACUUGCUAUUGUAAAGCUCCUACUGGACCGAAAUGCCAAUGUGACGUCCCGGAACUUGGAUGGCUGGAGUUGCAUGCACGACGCAACGCUAUGUAACGAUGAAUACCUGUUGGCUCAGCUAUAUUUGCAAGGCGAAAAGCAGCUGAUGCAGUCGCUGGCGUCUAGUCAAGAGACGUUUAUGCAGGCGCUCGAGCAACUGCCGGACUUUGAAGCAGAUAUUUUUCUUGAAGCUCAGUCGUGGGUGCCAAUGGUGUCCAGUGUAUUACCAUCUGACACUAUCCGGGUCUGGAAACGAGGGUCGCAGCUGCGGGUCGACUGGACGCUUAAAGGCUUGGAUGGACUAAAGUGGACAAAAGGAGCCAUGUCCCAUGUGUUCUUGGGACGGAACGGUGGACAGAGAGCAGGUCAUGCGGUCGUAAUCAACCACGAGAGCCAGCAGUUUUAUGACGUUCUGGAAGCCAUGCACAACUCCUCGGUAGGAAACAUGGACUUGGCUCUUCAAGUGAUGCUGACAACGGCUAUGUCGUCGUCUAGACUAAUUUCUACCAAGCUGAGGUUUGUGGAGCAGAAAAAAGCCAAAGCCCGAGGAGAAGGAGACGAGAAGGCAUUAAUUGACCACGACAAGGAAAAGGAAAAGAGCCGCAGCCAACAGAGAAAAUGCCCGUGGUCUGGAACCACCUACAAAAUACGAGAUUUAGCGAUCGAAGCACAGUUCCGACCAACUGUAAACCCGAGUCGCAAACUCAAACAAUUACCGGCCCACAAGGAUGUGCCAUUUGAUGAAGUGCAGCAAUUCGUGAAUCACCUACGUAUGGCCGUCCCUCAUGGAACGGACGAAAAGAGUUCGACAUGGCAAAACAGGCGUAGCUCCAGUGGAAGUGAAUGCGAAGAUUCUCCACAGAUGCUACGUCUUGAAAAGGGACGCAUACUUGAGAUGCACUUGGACGUGAUCGCAGGCGAUACAGUUCGAUGGAAAUUUCUAUCCAAGAAGAGUAACGACUUUUGUUUUGUGGCCACCAUUAUCCACGAAGAUGAUCAACAGCAUGUGUGUCGAACUGAUGGUGUCAAAAAUAUGGAAAUUGCUGGGGCCUACGAGGUUGAUCGCAGCGGAAAGUUCGUACUGAUGUGGCAGAACACCCAAAAGGGAUUUACUAUUGACCGGAAUGGCUUUGUAAUCGAUUACAACGUUGCGCACAUUCGAUCUGCGGUCGAUCGUUCCUCAGUAGGCGUCCUUGCUAAUAUUGAUACGUCAGGUAGUCACAUGUCCGCGAAUUCUUCAGAGUCACGUGGAGAUACACAGAUAAAAAAUGUUAGCUUUUCCAGACUUACCGACGAGCAAAAGUGUGAGUUUUUCCGUCGAUUGGAUCAUGUUCCGAAUCCAAUUACAACUACCACAGCGUUUGUUGACCACUUCAAGCUUGGCGUGGAUUCUAGUGAGCCGGACAUAUUUCAGGGCAAGAAGUUAAAGCAGUCCAUUUUGAACAUGUUUGAGUACAAAACGCAAUGCCGUCCACAAGCAUCAAAUAAUUUCGUGUCGCGGAAUGAAACAAUCAACUCCGUAUUCGAAAUCAAGAGCGAUUUUCGAAGUAUGACCGCUUUGCCGCCGACGCACCGUGUACGCAAAAACUUCGAAGCCAAGGUAGUAAUGGCCGAGACUUUUCCGUUCCAGCCUCAAGACUUUCUUCCUAUCAUCCAAUUCAUUUCCACUACGGGAGACCACGUGAAAAACCUCGAAGAGUUUUUUCAAAUGGGGCUUCCACCAGGUUUUCCUGUCAAGUUUGAGCUGCCGGUUUUGUUCACAAUUCGUAUCGCGUAUACGUUUCGAAAGAUUACUCUAAAUGCACAGCUGGAUCCAAAACUGUUCGACGUGCCAGAAAAUUAUGACGAAGUGUUUACAUUGGACGAAGUGCGAUCAUGA